GUCCAGGAAUUUUAUGUGGAACAAUUUAACCGGCAGCAUACCCAAGGAGAUAGGCAAUCUGAUUACUUUAAAGCUUCUGCUUCUGAGCGGAAAUCAAAUAUCAGGGCCUAUACCAGAUGAGCUUGGUUCUCUUUCUAAUGUAACAAUAUUAAACCUGGACAUUAACAAUAUUUCUGGACCACUGCCAAAAACUUUGGCAAAUAUGACCAGUGCCGGACACUUUCAUUUGAACAACAACUCAAUCAGUGGUCAGAUUCCACCAGAGCUUUCUGCAUUACCUCAACUCUUACACUUCCUGUUGGACAAUAACAACUUAUCAGGGUAUCUUCCGCAAGAAUUUUCCAGGAUGCCAAACCUGAGGAUUUUACAAUUUGAUAACAACAACUUUGAAGGUACCGAGAUUCCAAAUUCUUAUAAAAACAUGCCCAAACUGGUGAAGCUGAGUCUUAGGAACUGCAGAUUGCAAGGAACUAUUCCUGAUUUAAGCAGUGUACCAAACCUUCUUUACUUAGAUCUUAGCUCGAAUCAACUUACCGGAAGCAUACCAACAAAUAAGCUUGCCAACAAUAUCACAACUAUUGAUCUAUCCAAUAAUAUGCUUACUGGACCUAUCCCCUCAAAUUUUUCAGGCUUUACUUUUCUCCAGAGACUGUCACUUGAAAACAAUAAUUUGAGUGGUAGUGUUCCCUCAAACAUUUGGCAGAAUGUUAAUUUUCGUGCAAAUGCGACACUUACCUUGGAUUUCCAGAAUAAUUCGCUUACAAAUGUUUCGGGUACUAUAGAUCCUCCUUCAAAUGUCACCAUUAGGCUUCAGGGCAAUCCUGUUUGUACAAAUGCAAAUGAAUUCAACAUAGUUCAAUUCUGUGGACCCAAUAUCGGAGAUGAUGAGGUUUCUGGAACUUCAAAUAACACUUCUAAUCCUACCUGCCCCCAACAGUCCUGUCCGACAAGUUUGCAUAUGGAAUAUGUCCCAGAAUCACCUGCUUCCUGCUUCUGUGCUCUGCCUCUCGGAGUUGAUGUACGUUUGAGAAGUCCUAGCAUAUCUGAUUUUCGCCCAUACAUGAAUGCAUAUAUGCUUUACGUGACCUCCAGUCUUGGCUUGAAUCGUUAUCAACUACUUAUCAACUCAUUUUUAUGGCAAAAGGGUCCUAGGCUAUUGAUUAGCUUAAAGGUUUUUCCUCAGUAUAUCAAUAGUACUACCAAUGAAUUUAACAAGAAUGAGGUCUAUCGGAUUAUGGACCUAAUUGCUACAUUUACUCUUCCUUUGAGUGAUGUCUUUGGCCCAAAUGAACUGAUCAAUUUUACUCGCCAUGGACCUUAUGCAGCUGUCAUUCUCGAAGAUAAAAAAUCAGGCAUGAGCAAAGGUGCUGUGAUUGGAAUUGUGUUAGGGUCCAUUGCUGGCCUAAUUGCAAUAUCUUUGAUCAUUUUGUUUAUUUUCUACAAAAAGAAAUCAAAACACAAGCAAGAGGUUUCAAAGAAACAGUCAAUUGCAAAAAUUCCAAUCAAAGCUGCAAGUGUCAAGGGAUUUAGUUUCACAGAACUUGAAAAAGCUACCAGUGGUUUUAGUAAGUCCAGUCUAGUUGGUCAAGGAGGCUAUGGAAAGGUUUAUAAAGGCAUUAUGGAUAAUGGCAAAGCUGUGGCAAUCAAGAGGGCACAACAAGGAUCCUUGCAGGGUGAGAGAGAAUUCUUAACUGAAAUAGAAAUUUUGUCGCGUUUACAUCAUCGCAACCUCGUUUCAUUGGUUGGAUACUGUGAUGAAGAAGGCGAGCAGAUGUUAGUAUAUGAGUUUAUGCCUAAUGGUUCUGUUCAUGACCUCCUAUAUGGUAGAUUCCGAAAUCCUUUGAGUUUCGCCAUGAGAUUGCAUAUUGCAUUGGGUUCAGCCAAAGGCAUUAUCUACCUCCAUAAAGAAGCUGACCCACCCAUCAUCCAUAGAGAUAUCAAGGCAAACAACAUAUUGUUGGACUCCAAAUUUACUGCAAAAGUUUCUGAUUUCGGAAUCUCAAAGCUUGCACCAGUUCCAACUAAUUCAGGAGGUGAAGGUCAUGUGUUCACUGUUGUGAGAGGCACCCCAGGCUACCUUGAUCCUUAGUACUUCCUCACUCACUAGUUAACAGAGAAGAGUGAUGUUUAUAGCCUCGGAAUUGUUUUUCUCGAGUUGUUGACAGGAAUGAAGCCUAUUUCUCAUGGUAGAAACAUUGUCCAGCAGGUGAAUUCAGCAUGUCAAUCUAGGAUGAUUUACUCUGUGAUAGACAACGGCAUGGCAUACUCUUCCGAAUGCCUCACAAGAUUUAUGGCAUUAGCCCUCAAGUGUUGUGAGAAUGAGACAGAGCGUAGACCUUCAAUGCUGGAAGUUGUGAGAGAAUUAGAGAACCUAUCUUCAAUGCUUCCAGAAUCAGAAACUAUCCAAACAUAUUCAGAUAUCUCAGCCUUAGGAUCCUCAGGAAUCCCCACAUCAUCUGUCUAUUCUGGAAGAAACUCAUACGUGUCUGGUGACUUUCCUGAAGCUGGAAGCGACCUUGUUAGUGGUGUUGUCCCCACCAUCAAGCCUCGCUGAUUCCCACCAGUUUCUUUAUGGAACUUUAAUAUCUAGAAUCA